CGCCGCGCACGCACGCGCAUGUCGCUCGCUGUCGAACCCGGUGAUGUGAGGUGGCCCCCGCCGCUACCGCAGCGCCGCGCGACUCCGCGCCAGUUUCGUGAACCAGUGUGCCAGUGAAGGCGAGAGCCUUCUGCGGCAAGACGCCGUCCACCGUGGACCUGAGGUACGGCGCCAUGGCGGCGACCACGUACAUGCCGGGCGGCGAGCUGGACCUGCUGUCGGGCGGGUACCACGCCGCGUCGCCGCGCAGCGCCGAGCCGGCCGACAUGAAGUACGCGCACCACCUGCACGCGGGCGGCUCGCCGUCGCCCGGCGCGCCCGUGGGGCUCAACCCCUGGGCGUCGCUGCCGCCCGCAGACCCCUGGAGCGUGCACCAGCACCACCACCACGCGCACCAGCCCGACGUCAAGCCGCACGAGCACCGCCACCUGCAGUCGCACGGCUGGCACGCGCCCGUGGGCUACGGCGCCGGCUCGCCCGUGGCGCUGCACGGCGGCUACGUGCCCAUGCACCACCAGCACCUCAUGCGCGACGUGCCGCCCAGCCCGCACCUGCACCACCACCACGCGCUGGAGCGCGACGCGCCCGAGGAGGACACGCCCACCAGCGACGACCUGGAGGCCUUCGCCAAGCAGUUCAAGCAGCGCCGCAUCAAGUUGGGCUUCACGCAGGCCGACGUGGGGCUGGCGCUGGGCACGCUGUACGGGAACGUGUUCUCGCAGACCACCAUCUGCCGCUUCGAGGCGCUGCAGCUCAGCUUCAAGAACAUGUGCAAGCUCAAGCCGCUGCUGCAGAAGUGGCUGGAGGAGGCCGACUCCACCACGGGCAGCCCCACCAGCAUCGACAAGAUCGCGGCGCAGGGCCGCAAGCGCAAGAAGCGCACGUCCAUCGAGGUGUCGGUGAAGGGCGCGCUCGAGCAGCACUUCCACAAGCAGCCCAAGCCGUCGGCGCAGGAGAUCACGUCGCUGGCCGACAGCCUGCAGCUGGAGAAGGAGGUGGUGCGCGUGUGGUUCUGCAACCGCCGCCAGAAGGAGAAACGCAUGACGCCGCCCAACACGCUGGGCGGCGACGCCAUGCUGGACGGCAUGGGCCACCACUACGCGCACGACAUGCACGGCUCGCCGCCGCUGCACGCGCACUCGCCCGCGCUGUCGCCGCCGCACCAGCACGCGCACGCGCCGCACGCGCACGCGCCGCACGCGCAGCACGCGCAGCACGCGCCGCACGCGCUGCAGGGCGCGCACACGCUGGCGGCGCACUAACAGUUCGCCCCGUGGGCGCCGCCGCGGCCGUACUACGCGGAGCCGCACUAGCGCCCGCGGGAAGGCGCGCCGCCGCCGGGACGUGCCGCGGCGCGCCGUGUACAUAGUGUAGUGAGUGCCCGGAGCCGCCGGUAAGUAGCCCGGCCGCGCCGGCCGACGGACGGUUUCAGCGAAUUUAUUUAACUAGGUUACGAAUUAACGAUGUUCAUGCGUGCCUGCCCGCCGGGAGGGCGGCGUCGCGGUGUGGAAUGACUUUAAACGUCGCCCGAACUGUAAAUUAACGUUUAGUGGUGAGGUCGAGAGUGGUGACUCCGAAUCGGGUCGCAGCUUCGUUAGUGAGGGAAUACGAUCGAGUCGAUAGGUGCAAUUUUUAUUUUAAGUGCUAGACGAAGCGUGGCGGUGCGGAGCGGCGCGACGCGGCCUCGGCCGCGGACAGCGCGUCGCCCCGCGCCGCUCGAGCCCGCUCCAGUAAUUUAUUGAAAAUUAAGCAGAUACGAUGCCAAAAUGGUUUUAUUCCUGUUUUUAAUUGUUUUGUUGUUUUUCGUUUAUAUGUAAUUGUGGCCAAUUUCGGUACUUAAUUCUUGUAUAAAUAGGUAUUUUUUUAUAUAAAAUAAUGUUACUGCAACGUAUGAUGAUAUAUAUUAAAAUGUUCUUUAUAUAGAAUCUGAGAAAAGGUUAUGAUUUCGGUUGCCUCGUUCCGCCGCACCCGGCGGGGCGCGACAGGUAGUUAGUCUCGAGGGGCGGCUCGACCGCUGGCGUGUCGAGUUGUUAUUGUAAGAGUGCGUGUAGCGCAUCGUUGCGAUGCGAUGCGUUGCGGUGCGUCGUGCGCACGCAGGGCGUCCUCGCCCGAUUCGAACCAAACCCAAUGUUGUAAAUGUAAUUAUUUCGUUAUUCUCAACGAAGUUGACAAGUUGAUAUGUAUAUAACUGUAUAAACUAUAAUAGGUGAUAAGGAACCGACGGCAGUGGUAGUGCAAGCCUCUCGUAGGUAAAUAAUAAAUAAUUAGUCUUAAAAUGUUUUAUAUUAUUAUCUAAGUAUUUAAAUAAA